AUGGCGAACAUCUACGGAUAUACUACUANUAAAGGUAUGAUCAUAUUUAUUUGUUUAAAGGUGAUUCAUUAAGAUUAUUGAAAGAUUAUAAGGAAGCUUUGAAAGUAAUUGAUUAAUCUCUAUCAAUCAACCCAAAUCAUUUGAGUUCAUUAUAAUCAAAAGGUUGAUGUAUGUUAUAUUUUCAAGGGCAUUGUUUACAAAAUUAGAAUAAUUAUUAAGAAGCCUUAUUAUUUUAUGAAAAAGCUCUAAAGAUUGAUUCAAAUCAUUAAUGGACCAAAAAUAGAAAAGGUAAUAUAUAUCUUAAUAUUAAGAUGAAUGUUUAAAAGCUUUAAAUACUAAAUGA